CUAAUGCCAGGGUCCAAGAUAUACAGAUAUAUACCUACCACCCCAAGAUGUAACUAAUGCCAGGGUCCAAGAUAUACAGAUAUAUACCUACCACCCCAAGAUGUAACUAAUGCCAGGGUCCAAGAUAUACAGAUAUAUACCUACCACCCCAAGAUGUAACUAAUGCCAGGGUCCAAGAUAUACAGAUAUAUACCUACCACCCCAAGAUGUAACUAAUGCCAGGGUCCAAGAUAUACAGAUAUAUACCUACCACCCCAAGAUGUAACUAAUGCCAGGGUCCAAGAUAUACAGAUAUAUACCUACCACCCCAAGAUGUAACUAAUGCCAGGGUCCAAGGCUGGGUUUAUAUUUACCUGUAUAUCUCCUCCCUGUCUCUAUACAGCGGUGAGUCGAGCCCCGGUCCCCAUGGCGGUGGUCCGUAGGGAACUGUCCUGUGAGUCCUACCCCAUCGAGCUACGCUGCCCCGGCACAGACGUCAUCAUGAUUGACAGUGCCAACUACGGACGCACUGACGACAAGAUCUGUGACUCGGACCCAGCACAGAUGGAAAAUACUAGAUGUUACCUGCCCGACGCAUACAAGAUCAUGUCUCUCAGGUGUAACAACCGUACCCAGUGUGUUGUGGUAGCAGGACCUGAUGUGUUUCCUGACCCCUGUCCUGGAACAUACAAAUACCUGGAGGUGCAGUACGAGUGUGUCCCCUACAAAGUGGAACAGAAAGUGUUCCUGUGUCCAGGACGACCGACGACCACGAUACAAGCUCCUCACCGCGUCGACGGGACAGGCUUCGUGGUCUACGACGGAGCUUUAUUCUUCAACAAGGAGCGGACGCGCAACAUCGUCAA